GGAGCAACCAAACAGAAGGCGCGUUACUUAUUCAUUGUAAGCUGCUGUUGCGAAAGGUUCGAAAGAGAGCGGAGAGACAUCGAAGCACAGGGCGGCGAGUGGCCAGGACAUUACCGGUUUGAAGAUGGCUGCCUUCUUGGUGGAGGAGAGCAUUUACAACCUAAUACCUCAAGUUCCUUGCAAGCCUUUCAAGGUACCUAGAUACAUAUCAAAGCUGAAACCAUAUGUGAAACAAACAAUACAACAGAGUAAAUUUCAGUGGAAGACCAUGGGACCAGCCAAAGUCCACGUACCUUCUCCAAAAGACUUCCUUCAGAAACAUUCAAAGGAACCGAAACUACCAAAGAGGAAAAAAGAUCAAGUUGGAAAGAAAACUUUAAAAUUAAGUGUUCCUCACAGAACCGAUCAUCCAGUUAUGGGCGUUCAAAGUAAUAAGAAUUUCAUAAACACAAAUGCAGCAAAUGUUAUCAUGGGAGUGGCUAAGAAACCAGUACCAGUUUGUGUCGACAGGUACCAAGGUGACAAAUUUCUCCUUGAAACUUCAGGACUUGUUCCAAGAUAUCUGAAAAAAAAGGAUUAUGGCGUGACUCCAACGUAUGUAGUUAGGCGAAAUGAAGAAGCAAAGCAAGCCCAAGAGGCAUAUGAUGCCUACGUCAAGAAGACUCUUAGAAAAAAGGCUAUGAAACGUCUCUCGGAUGAAGAGCGGGAGGAUCUUCUUGAAGGUCUUAAGAAGAACUGGGUACAGGUUCAUCAGGCAUUCCAAAGCCUUUCAGUAGAAAUUGAUACAUUACCAAAGAAACUUAAUAAAGAAAGACUGGAGUUGCAGAUGAAGCAGUUGGAACAUGACAUCAGUACUAUAGAGAAACACAAAGUGAUCUACAUUGCAAACAAAUAGGAGAUUUUGACAGAAAUGUUCCCUUUUUUUGUCCUGAGAUGAAAAUGAAGUUAUUUUCCAUAGGAAAUGAAAAAAUAACCUGUUUAUUCAACAGUAGAAAAAUAAUUAAUUUUAACAAGUAUGUUAGAACCUUACCACGUUUUAUGUUUUCAAGGUUUUAAAAAUAUGCAUAAUGUGCCUUGUUUUUUCAAAUACGAAUCUGUUUUUUCCUAUCUAGACAUUUAAAUUAGGCCUAUCGUAUAAAGAAUGUAAAGAUUUGAGAUGACAUUAUAACAUGUAACAUCCUGUUGUGUAGUAAUUCAAGUAAAUGUACCAAUAAGAAGAGCAGGAAAGAUUUGGAGGAUAGUUAAUAAAGUGCUCUUGAUAUUUAAGUUAAA